GAUUACAGGCUCUCGAUUUGUGGCAAAUUAUGCUACGCAAUAGGAGGUGCUCCCAAUCAAGUGGCAGGCAGCGCUGCUGCUUUCUUCUUUCAGAUCUACCUGCUCGAUAUAGCCCAUAUUACUCCGUUUCAUGCCUCUCUGGUGCUGUUCAUCGGUAAAGCCUCAGGUGCAGUUACUGAUCCUGUUGCUGGCUUUUUUAUUAGCAAAAGUAGUUGGACAAAAAUUGGCCGGCUCAUGCCUUGGAUGCUGGCCUGUACACCCUUCACAGUAGUGUCCUAUUUUUUUAUGUGGUACCUACCUCCUUUUGUAUCGGGAAGAGUUGCCUGGUACCUGACUUUCUACUGCCUUUUCCAAGCACUGACCACAUUAUUCCAAGUACCAUACUCUGCCCUCACCAUGUUUCUCAGCACAGACCAGAAGGAGAGAGAUUCUGCAACAGCAUACCGAAUGACCAUGGAAGUGCUUGGGACCUUGAUUGGAGCUGCACUUCAGGGACAGAUUGUGGCCAGUGCUCAUGUCUCUCAUCACUGCACUGUGAGUCCCCCAGUAAACACAACUGACUCCUGGCAUGACAGUCCCAGCUUUCCAGACCCCUCAGAUCCCCUGUCUCACCAAGCAAAAGUUUAUAUGAUUGCAGCAGGGGUCAUAGGAAGUGUGUAUCUUCUGGGAAUUGUCAUUCUUUUUCUUGGAGUAAAGGAAAAAGACGAUCCUUAUGCCUUAAAUUCAGACAGAGCAAUUCCUUUCUGUAAGGGGCUUGGACUCACCAUGAAGCAUGGUCCCUAUGUGAAGCUUACAGCUUCGUUUCUUCUCAUCUCGACAGCAGUUCAGCUGGAGCAGAGCAACUUUGUUCUAUUCUGCACUCAUGCUGCUGGUCUUCGCAAUCACUUCCAGUAUUUGGUGGUGACCAUCUUGGUAUCAGCAGCUGUGAGCAUUCCCUUCUGGCAGAAGUUUCUGCAGCGAUUUGGCAAGAAGUGUGCAGCAUGUGGAGUUUCGUGGAUGAUUCCCUUUGCAGUCAUGCUAGUGACCAUUCCAAACGUGAUCCUGGCAUACUUCGUGGCCUUCGUCUCUGGUCUGAGCAUUGCAGCGUCUCUUCUGUUGCCAUGGUCAAUGCUGCCUGAUGUUGUUGAUAACUUCCGCCUGCAGAAUCCACAUGGGAAAGGACAUGAAACCAUUUUCUAUUCCUCUUAUGUUUUCUUUACCAAGAUGUCAGCGAUAGGAGUUUCUGCAGCAGGUCUGGAGUUUGCUGGAUACAAGCCAGGGACAUGCCGACAAUCCAACGAUGUGAUCCUCACGCUGAAGAUGCUCAUUGGCGCAGUCCCUGCUAUCCUCAUCCUUGCAGGUUUAUUUAUACUUCUUUUCUACCCCAUCACUGAAGAAAGUCGGAAAGAAACAAAGCUUGCACUUGACGUGUUAAGAAGGAGCCAUCAAAGCACAGAGAACCUGGAUGACCACCAAAAGGACACCUCGGUCUGA